AUGCCACCAAAAGGAGGACCAAGAAAAGCCGAACUUCGAGCAUGUCUGAUCUGUUCCGUCCUUCAAUCAACAAAUGACUUCUUGACUCAAGGGUGUCCCAACUGCGAAGAGAUAUUAGAGAUGAGAGGUUCAGCAGAAAGAGUUGCGGAAUGUACAAGUGUCACGUACGAUGGGAUGAUAGCUAUGAUUGAACCUUCUGAAAGUUGGGUAGGGAGAUGGCAACGAAUAGACAAAAAGAUGAGAGGCAUAUAUGCUGUUCGAGUUACAGGUAGACCUCCACCCGAUGUCAUAGAAGCUAUAGAAGCGAGAGGUGGAGUAUACAGACCUAGGGAUGCAGUAGAAGAUUAG